GAUUUCUCUGAUCUCUAAUUACAUCUACGGAGUGCUCCUGCGCCGAUCACCUGGUCUGCAGUGCUUUUCCUGUCUACGCGUCGAGGUACGGCGUCCGAAUUGACCCGUAUCCUGCAGCCUAAUCUCCGUCGUCUCACAUUGGAAGGUCGCAUGCGCCGCACUGAUUCCGACGAUGGCAGCUGAAGCCGCUCCUCACUUUGGGGCCGAAUUGAAGGAUGCCUUCAAACCCGUCAACAAUUGGGUGUUUAAUGGUAUAUCAUGGCUGGACGAGAUACAACAGUUCUAUCGGGAACGCAGCGCGAUCGAGAAGGAAUACGCAGCCAAGCUGUCCGGGCUGUGCAAAAAAUACUAUGAUCGCAAAGCGAAGAAAAUCAGCACGUUGAGUGUGGGCGACACCCCCAGCAUGACGCCGGGGUCCCUCGAAAGUGCCUCCCUCACUACUUGGACCACACAAUUGACCGCCGUCGAGUCGCAUGCCUCGGAGCGCGAUCAGUUUGCCAACGACCUGGUCGCGCAGGUGGCCGAGCCGCUGAAACAGGCGGCCACGCAGUACGAAGAACUACGAAAGUGCCAUGUGGACUUUCAUGCGAAACUCGAGAAGGAGAGGGACUCGUCUUAUAGUGAUCUGAAGAAGGCCAAAGGGAAAUACGACGGGGCUUGCCAGGAGGUCGAGGCAAAGCGCAAGAAGAUGGAGAGCUCGUUCGACCAUGGGAAGGCGAAGGCCCAGACGGCGUACCAGCAGCAAAUUCUAGAAAUGAACAACGUCAAAAACACAUACUUGAUCAGCAUAAACGUGACGAACAAAAUGAAGGAGCGAUUCUAUCAUGAAUACGUACCAGAACUACUUGACGGCCUGCAAGAUCUCAACGAAACCCGAGUUACGAAACUGAACACACUAUGGUCGCAUGCGGCCCUACUAGAGAAGAACUCCCUUUCCAACAGCGUCAACCACAUGGCCAACCUCAUCAACGAGAUCCCUCGCAACCAGCCGCAUCUCGACUCGCUCAUGUUCCUGCGACACAACGUCACACAGUCGCAAGAGCCGCCCAGCCUGGGCUUCGAACCCAGUCCGAUCUGGCACGACGACGAGGCACUCAUCACGGACGAGUCCGCCAAGGUCUUUCUGCGCAACGUGCUCAGCAACAGCAAGACGCAGGUUCGCGAGUUGCGAGUGGAGGCCGAUCAGAAACGUCGAACGGUAGAAAACGCCAAGCGGAUACGUAUCAACAUCCAGAAAGGUACGGACAAACGGAAUGAGGUGGAAGUGGUGCGGUCCAUCUUCUUCCUGCAAGAGGGGCUGCACGAGGUGGAUCGCAAGCGACUCACUGCCGAGGUCGAGACGUCCACGAUCAUCUCUGUGGUCGGCGAUCUGUCCCUGGGGGCCAAGAACCACAACUUCAAAUCGCAGACGUUCAAAAUCCCGACAAACUGCGACCUUUGCGGCGAGCGCAUAUGGGGACUAUCCGCUAAAGGGUUUGACUGCCGGGACUGUGGAUACACCUGCCACAGCAAGUGCCAGAUGAAGGUGCCCGCCGAGUGUCCCGGCGAGCAGUCCAAGGAAGAGAAGAAGAAACUCAAGGCCGAGCGACAAGAACAGGCCGGCGCCACUCCAGCUCUAGACCUCGAGCCGUCGGCCAGCCCGUCGGCCGCGCCGUCGCUCACGCGCAAGGACACGAUGAACUCGUUGAGCUCGGGCUACGCCGUCAGCGCCAACCGAUCGCUAUCGAAUGCAGCCAGCCUUCCUCCGCCGGCGGAGCUGGCCGCGCCCGCAUCUCCAGCGCCGACGCCACCCACGCCGGCCUCUCCGGCGCCCGCACCGGUGCAGGAGACGAAGCCGGCUGCCAAACGCAACCGCGUCCUUGCGCCCCCGCCGGCCCAGUACAUUAGUCCUCCGCCUGUCGACCCGACACCGAAGUCGGGCGAGCAACGCGGGAAGAUGCUCUACCCGUACCAAGCAGGCGGAGCCGACGAGGUAACAGUCAACGAGGGUGACGAUGUAGUUAUUGUGGAACCAGACGACGGAGGAUGGAUGCGAGUCCGCGCCGGAGCCUCCGAAGGUCUCGUCCCAACAUCCUACGUGGAAUUAGCGCCUGCGCCAUCCCCAGCCUCCGCCAGUCCCGGCUUCACCGACCGACCAGGGUCCGUAUACUCGAACUCAUCGGCCUCGCUGGCCGGCAGCUCGGGCGCAGCGGCAAAGCGCGUCGGGCCGGCCGUGGCACCGCGCCGGGGUGCCAAGAAAGUGCAGUACGUGGAAGCGAUGUACGAUUACGAGGCCCGCAGCGACAUGGAAUGGAACAUGGUGGAGGGCGAUCGAUUCGUGCUGGUGAGUCGCGACGGCGGCGACGGAUGGGCGGACGUGGAACGCGGCGGCGUGACGAAGAGCGUGCCUGCGAAUUACAUUCAGGAGGUGUGAUUCGGGAUAGGACUGUAGAUAUGAACUGAUCGGGGUGCAUGGCAGGUGCAAUUAGCGUUGCUUUUGGCUGCAUAGAGUGAUAUAUAUGAAUCGU